UCUGUUGUACUUUUAACUUUAAGAAGUUGUUUUUAUCUAUUUAUGCCGAAAUCAAGAUGUGGACUCAAGUUUCUUUUGUUUACGGAUAUCUUUUUUUCGGAGUUUACUGUUUCGUCUUACCGGAUAAAAUUUCUGCGAUGACACAGCGUAUGAAGUUCAGUAGCACGAAAGAUUUACGAAUUUUUGCCUCAGACAUAUCAAGUAAUCAAGAUUACCAAAAUGCAGGAUUAAAAGCAUUAGCAGCACCUUUACUUGUUCCUCGAAUGCCCGACACUGAUAGUCACAGAAAUGUUCAACAGUAUAUAAAGAAUCACUUCCAGAACCUCAACUGGAAUUUAGAAGAGGACACUUUUACAGACAAUACACCAUAUGGAAGAAAACAAUUCAACAAUAUAAUAGUGACUUACGAACCUGAGGUUAAAAAUAAACUUGUUUUAUCAUGUCACUACGAGUCGAAAAAUAUGACCGACAGCAGAGGGAAUGGUUUCAUUGCUGCAACAGAUUCCGCCAUACCGUGUACAAUUUUGUUAGAUAUUGCUGCCAAAUUAGACUGUGCUUUGCGACGGAAAAGAGAAAAUAGAAAAUUGUCUUUGUCAGAAGAUGUAACGAUACAAAUGAUGUUCUUUGAUGGGGAGGAAGCAUAUAAAGAUUGGACGGCGACAGAUUCACUGUAUGGUUCCCGGCACUUAGCACAGUGGCUGCGUAACACAGAGGAUCCAAACUAUCCGGGAACCAAAAGAUUAGAUAAUAUUAGUCUUUUUGUAUUGUUGGAUUUAAUUGGUACAUCUGAUGUAGUGUUCAAGAACUUUUUUUCAAAGACAGAGGCAUAUUUUAACUGGUUACAAAAAAUAGAGAAAUCAUUAAAGAAGUCAGGAUUUUUAAAUCCUAAAGGUUUAGCCGUACCAGGUACACAAGAUAAGACUCUGUUCUCCAGUGCAAGACCUUGGGGUGGUAUAGAAGAUGAUCAUAAACCAUUCUUACAUGCAAGACCAGACUUACCAGUGUUACAUUUGAUAUCAGCACCAUUCCCUCAUGUGUGGCACACUAUGGCGGACAAUGCAGCAGCUAUCAACUGGGAUGUGACGGACAAUUUUAACAGAAUUUUCCGAGUAUUUGUAGCUAACUACUUGCACCUACCUCCUGUUGUAUGCAGGAAAUAGAAUAUAUCAGAUAAUUCACAAUGCCAUGGUAACAAAGUUGUUGUCAUGGUAUCCGGCAAAAUUUACCGAGAACCGAAAAGAACUUACCAUCUCAACUACUGACAGUAACAUUACUGUUCAUGAAGAUAAUGGACCCCAGUUUUUUCUCAACUACUUGAAGCGGUGCUAUUCUUCUCUCCCUGGUGUUGGUAUAUCAUAUCUCAUUAAAUUUAAACUUCACACACACUCAUGUUUUCAUGAUCACUGGCCAAGAUCCAUAACUUUUAAUAGUAUUUUGCUGAAUUUUUCUCCUUUGUGAAAGUUUCAUCUGGCAAUAUGUUUACAGUGGCUUUUCCCCCCAUAUACAGCAUUCUGUGUAACUAUAUUAUUUAAGUCAAAAAGUUAAGAAAGUACAUGUACUGUAAUAUAUCCUCUAAAUUCAUGUUUGAACAACUUAAUUAUUACAAAUCUGUAGCUAAAAGUUAUAUUAGCAAAAGUAGCAAAAUAUUCAAUUGUUUUACUUUACAAUAAAUGAAUUUGAUAAACAUUUGCUUACGAUGAAUCAGUAACCUUAAAUAUUAAUGGCCUCUUAGUGAUGUUACUGUAAGAUUUUGAGAUAAAAUGCUGAGGAAAUGGAAAUAUGUUGAGAAUAUUUUAUUGUUCACCCCACCCACCGAAAUAUUAACCUGAUGCAGAUGAACUUGUAGAAAAAAUCAUCAUCUCAGGGUUGAAAAAUAUCUUAAGAAAAUAUCAUGAAUUAUAAAUGGUAAAAUGCAAAUCAUUUUGUAGUUGUAAAAAUGUGUGUUUUGAGCUAAACUGUUUUGUAAAUAAGGCUGAAAAAACGAGCUGUAUGAUUUGUUUUUCAAGAAAAUAUGUUUUAUUUCAUAUUUAUCAUGAUAUCUUUAUAUCAAAAGUUUGAAGGGUAAUUUAAAAUGUAUCUCUGUUUCAUUGUUCUGGAUGGUGCCUAAUUUUUCAUGCAGCCUAAAACAUUUUAAUGUAUGAAGAAAUGUAUACUGUGUCAAAAGUGUCAAAAGAAAAGUAAGAUGAAGAAGAUGUUGGACAAAUACUAGUAUAUUACCAUCAUUUCUUGCAUAAUGCAUAAAAUAAAAUAACAACACAUGCAAAGACAUUAUUAUAGUAAAUAAUUUUGGUCUGAACAAAAAUAAUGAAACUGUAAUUUUUUUCAAUCACUCUGGAAACAAUUAAUUUAUAAUUAUCUAUUCCACAAUUUUUUAAUAAAAGAUAAAAAAAAAAUCUUUUCACAAUAUCCAGAUGAAAUAGGAAAUUAUCUUCUGAUAACACCUACAUGAAACAGGAUCAGAUUUCAGCUUUCAGUACUUGACAGUUUUGUUCAUUGCAUGACUGGUGAAUGUGGUCAAGUUUGAAGAAAAUCUUUCAUGCUUUAUUAGUAGAUACAUGUACUGGAUAAGAUUAACAUAUCCAUGGGUGCCCAUGAUGGUUACCCUCAGCAAUUUAAUAGUGCGAGUUUGAUCCACUAUAUUUUCUAAUGAUCCAAGCAUUCUAAGUUAAAGGGAUUUGGCAGAUAAAUUAAAUUUACUUUGAUGUUUAAAAAUAUCCAACUGUUAUGUUUCUUAAUGGACAUCUUACGUUGAGUCUUUGUGACAUACUUAGUGACAGUGUUGACUCUAGGACAGGGAUGAAUUUAGGGCACCCGUGAACAUGUUUUAUGGUUACAGAAUGAGUUGAUUCAUAAUUUUAUUUUGCACAGAAUGUCUUCCAUCAUGUUAAUGUAUCAUAAUAAAUGUCUAUUUUUAGAUUUCUAGUCCGAUUUCUGACUUUGUUCUUGUUAGUUUGGAUUAGCUAUACAUGUUUUACUUGUAAUAAGUUUGUUAAAAGUGACAUUUGUUUUGUUUUUUCAUCUAAUUGAUAGGUGUAAAACAACAAAAAAAUUCUGAGGUUAACAGUUUUAAAUACACCUAAAUCAAUUUGAAACAUAUGACAUAAAAAUGAUAAUGAUUUAUAUUGUGGUUAGUCAUGCUAGUAUACAUGUAGAACAUUCAGAUUUUGGAACCAAUUGUUUAAAAUUUCUGUGCUUCAUUCAUGACAAAUUGUGUUAAUAUGAUAAUGUCU